GACGGGUGUAUUAUAGAUGCUCAUCCAAGCAGCCGGGCGGCGGGGGCCACUGGACGGGUGCAAUGUGACGGGGGUCGGGAGAGACUGGGACACACAGCCUUAACCGCGCAGGAGGGAGGGUUUAACCAUUAACCACCAUUAACCAUUAAGGCAGCUGUGCAAAGCAGAGCCGGUACUGUAGGCUACAUAAGGCUUGCGCACCGGCGCCCACGCCUCAGCCUGAGCGCGUUACCAAGAGGCGGAGGAUCCAUCCAGCCAGCCAGCCAGCCACGCGAAGGAGUGCUCGUGCUGUUACUGCUCGUCACUACUCUCCGGACCGCUGACACCAGAAGGUGACUCUUGGCUCCGGUUCGAGAGGUGGGCUAUUUUUUCUGCCGGCAGUAAUUCAAUCUUCAUGCUGCAGACCUUUAAAUAUCUCCCUUGAAAAGCUCCCAGCAGCCACGUGGUGUAAGGUGAGACGUUGCCAGCCCGGUCCACUCACCAGUCUGACAUGAUCAGUGAACUGAGAGCAUUACUAGUCUGCGCUGCAAUCAGGCCACUUCAGACCUCCGAUACGAUUUUUUCUUUAGUUUACACUGAACUUUAAAGGACUGUUUCCAAGCGACUGGAGGGGAUUUCUGUUGUGAGUCCCCACGCCUAUUGUUUUCUCUUCUCUUCUGUUUUGAACCAGUAUGCUCUCUUCUUUUUUUUGCCGGUCUACCCUGAGCACCUUGCAGUGAAUGGAGAACAUACUGGUUCUGCUCCCUAAGCACCGACAGGAACACGGGCUGUGCAGACGCCCGGCUGCAUGUGCCUUGCUGCAGGUUUUUUCCUACAGAGCCGUUUUCUCCAGGUCUUUAUUAGCGACCCCCACUCCCUGUCAGCCUCUUUAAUGGGAUAAAUCAAUUGGACUGAUCAGGUUCAAAACCAGAUCAGGUGGCCAAUUCCAUUCUGACUUCCCCAAAACUGUUAGGCAACCUGACCUUUUCUUGUCAAGUCCACUGUCUUCCAAAGGCUUCCGCAUGGUACUUUGGUCGAAAGAACUAGACAAACUCCCUGACAUCAGCAUGUCCUCCGGGGCCAUCGAGGCGAAGAAGGAGGGCGGCCCCCCGAGCCCGGCUCUACUCAACUCCAACUGCUCCGUCCCCCCGGUAAUCCUCACCAAGGGCCCUGAGGAGGUGAGCCCAGGGACCGGGGCCGAGUUUGAGCUCACAGAGGUCCCGUCUCUCACAGAGAGGGCCGGCGAGGCCGGAGAGGAUGAGGAGAGGACGGAAAUUGUGGUGGCGAUGGACUGCCGGGCCAAUGCCAAAGGCCAGCGAGAGGAGGAUGCUCUCCUGGAGAACGCAAGCCAGAGCAACGAGAGCGAUGACACCAGCACCAAUCAGAGCCCAGAACCACCGGCACCCCUCAAGGAGACCUCCUUCUCCAUCGGCCUGCAGGUGGUCUUCCCCUUCCUGCUGGCUGGGUUCGGGACAGUGGCAGCUGGAAUGGUGCUGGACCAGGUCCAGCACUGGACGGUGUUUACGGAGGUGUCGGAGGUGUUCAUCCUGGUUCCAGCACUGCUGGGGCUCAAAGGCAACCUGGAGAUGACGCUGGCCUCCAGACUUUCAACAGCGGCUAAUAUUGGUCAGAUGGACACAGCUAAGAACAUGUGGAAGAUGAUCAUGGGGAACUUGGCCCUCAUCCAGGUCCAGGCCACAGUGGUGGGGUUCCUGGCCUCUAUAGCUGCUGUGAUCUUCGGCUGGAUCCCAGAAGGACACUUCAGGCUGGGCCAUGCUGUGCUGCUGUGUGCCUCCAGUGUGGCUACUGCCUUCAUCGCCUCUCUGCUGCUAGGGCUCAUCAUGAUCGGUGUGAUCAUUGCGUCCAGGAAAGUCGGCAUCAACCCUGACAAUGUGGCCACGCCCAUUGCUGCUAGCCUGGGAGACCUGAUCACCCUGUCCCUGCUGGCAGGCAUUUCAACUGGACUGUACAAGGAACUAGAUUACAAUGACUAUGCCAACCCGCUGGUGUGUGCGGUGUUUGUGGCGCUGUGCCCCCUAUGGGUGCUGAUCGCCAGGAGGAUCCCGUCCACCAGAGAACUCCUCUACUCUGGCUGGGAGCCAGUCAUCAUCGCCAUGGCCAUCAGCAGUGUUGGUGGUUUGAUCCUCGACAAGACUGUCACCAACCCAAACUUUGCUGGCAUGGCUGUCUUCACUCCAGUCAUUAACGGUGUGGGAGGUAACCUGGUCGCGGUUCAGUCCAGUCGAAUCUCCACCUAUCUGCACAUGAACGGGCUACCCUUGGGGGAUCCCAACCCCACCCCCAGGAAGUGCCCCACACCCUGCACCUCCUUUUUCGGCUCCUCUGUGAACUCUCGUUCAGCCCGUGUGCUCUUCCUCCUGGUCGCCCCGGGUCACCUCGUCUUCCUCUACACCAUCAACUCACUGAGGGGGGGACACACCACCCUGACACCCGUCUUCAUUACGUUCUACCUGGUUGCGGCACUACUACAGGUGAUAAUCCUUCUCUACCUGGCAGACUGGCUCGUGCACUGGAUGUGGGGUCGAGGCAUGGACCCCGACAACUUCUCCAUCCCCUACCUGACUGCUCUGGGUGACCUGCUGGGGACCGGCUUCCUCGCCCUCUGCUUCCACAUGCGCUGGUUCAUCGGGGACAGAGACUCUAAUUCGGGCAACUGAAUGCAUGCAGAGAUACACACAUGCACACACACAUAAAAGAAAAAGGAAAAAUGCUUGCAUGCAUGACAGUGACAAACAUCACCCGUAUGCGUGAACAUUAUCUGAAAGUGGACAUUGUCUACUAUAAAAGAGCUAAUCUUCUGUAGGGCUCGGAUUGAUGGCUUAGCAUCUGUAGCGCAGUAGCGUUUCAUCUUCAGGAUGUCAGGACACUGAUGCACCGCAGCAGCGGCAGCAGAAACAGAAACAGAAACAGAAACACAGGCAGCAGCAGCAGCAGCAGCAGCAGCAGCAGCAGCAGCAGCAGCAGCAGCAGCAGCAGCAGCAGCAGCAGCAGCCUGUGUUUCCCUUUUAGAAACAAUGGAAACACACCUCAAUAUCUCCACCUCAACCAGUGAACAAAACUCCACCUGAUGAACCCAGCCCCGCAAACUAUACUUCUCUUCUUAUAUUUUACUAAAUAACCGAGUCCUACUACGUUUAUUGUUAUACUUUUGACAAUUACUAUUAUUGUUGGUAUAUAAUGCAUUUGGUAUGAAUCGAUAUGUGCAGGGCCAGUCCUCAUUAUUUUCAAUGGGGACGUUAGCCCUCCCGUUUUUUAAAAAUCAAGUUUUAACACUUGAAACAAAGACGACAGAAGACAGCAAAACAUUAAUCCAAACCAGCCUAGAAUGCUUAAUCACCAAGUGCUAUGUCAUGUAUACAGAAUGAAUAUUAUACGUGUCUCAUUUGUGAUUUAGUAGAGUGCAUAGGGCUAGCUAUUCUCUCUGUUUUACCCUGGUCUUGUGACGGUAGGAAAAAGGACCAAGGCGUUUUACUGCAGGGGACUGGACCACAAAUGUAACAAGCUAAAUCCCUUUUGGCAUCGCUCCCAUCAGUGUCAAUCUUAAUUCAAGUCAAACAGGAACAGAAAAUCUUGGCCUCGAGAAUUAGGAAUAUCAGAUCUGAGCUCAGAUCACAAUCCAACAAACGCUUAUGUCAGCCACUGCGAGAAGGGAUUUACCUCCUACCUAUUUGUUAGCAGUUGUGAAUUGCCUUAUUAAUGCUGAUUUAAAAGUUUCUCACUUCCCACAAUAGCCUGUAUUUUAUUCCACAAACGUCUUCUGGAGUCCACAGAGGGUUACACUGCUUCCUUUUUUUUGGCCAACUACUAAAAACUGCCGUUAUGAAAUGCCCUGAGUAAGAUUCUUCUUUGUUUGAGCAAACGCACAGAAACAGUGGAAAAUAGUAUGUGGAAAAUGGCCAGACAAGUGUCAGUUAGGAAUGUGUUGGUACACCUGACACACACACACACACACACACACACACACUUCACUGUUGGCUGCAGCUCACUGUUUUUGUAUUUGAUUUUUUUGUUGAUGCCAAGAGGUUCGAGAGGCUUAUUUUGCCGCGAGCUGUUCCAUGUGAGGAUAGCACCAGUCCCCCUGCCUGAAAGCCUCUGACAGCUCUCUGCUGGAGCAGGCUAGUUGUUGUUGUGUUGCCCUAGCCAGGCGUAUAAUAAGAGAAAAGACGCUCAAAAACAACCUGCAAAGCUCAGCCAGCUGAACGCCAUUGUGUUCACACAUGGUGCAGAUUGUGAAGGUGUGUGAAGUUGCUCACUCAGGUUCAGCUGUCUGAUACCAGAUGAAAGGUUAUGAUUGCUGAUAUUUGAUAGUUGAUAUCUUUUAAUUUGACAAUUUUAAUUCCCACAAAGCAUUUAGAUGUUCUAAAUGCAUUGUGGGAAUCCAAAUUUGAGCAUUAAACCUUUCCAAUGAAAGUCGGACCAAUGAAGUCGUUUGAGGUUGGUUAACAGUUAGGUCACAGUGGCUACAGGAAGUUGUGGCUAACCUUUCUGGUAUUUCAUUGUUGCCGUUGGUUUUCAUUCUGGAGCUUUUAGAUUCAGAUUCACCAAAAGAUCACUGUCGUCUUUAAAGCUGUCCUAGGGUCACACCGGCACAACAAACCCAACCAUUUAAAUACAUCAACUUCAAUGGACUCAACACGAUCAGUGGAUCCUCUCGCGGGGUGAAAGAAAUAUGCACAACAUUUUUGCAUUAAGUUCCAGUCAAGUGGAAUUGACCAAUAGCAAAACGUCUUGACAGUUGUGGCCGUUGAGGGAACAGGAGGAGAGCUAGCUAUCUAUGCCUCCUCUGUCCGAGUAUAGACCAAAGAUGACUCAGAUAACAGGCUUCCUGUCAGUUAGCAAGUCUCGUUAGUUUAGAAACAUGUAUCCCUCUUAUAGUGCGUUCCAUUUGUACUCGGAAGUCAGAUUUUUCGAGUUCAAAGUCGGAAACACGCCCCCUGAGCUCAGAUUUCCGACCUCAAAACUCGGACAACCACCGAUUACACCCGAGCUCAAAAUCCAACAUGGCUGCUCUGUGCAUCAACAGCAGUGAAAGCUGUAGCAGCAUACAGUUUCAUAGCACUUGUGUCAUAUUGUGUCUCACUAACUCAGUCGCACACACAGUGCUGUCCGUCUUCUAUCUGUGGACAUGUUGUUACGCUGUUUGGAUGCACAACAAACAGCCUAAUGCGUUGUUAACUACUGGCAUGGCUAACAAUGGCUAACCUGGCUAGAGCUAAUGAAAACAAUGAACGCAUUCCACUCGGGUGUGACGUCAUUCCCAGCUUCGCCUUCCGAGAUCCGAGGUAAUGGGACGCACUAUUAGAGUAACUCUUUGUUGACUGAAAUGAUUUUGAGAACAAAAUGCCAGGCAAAAAAGGAAAUAGAAAGAAACUCAGAGAGCUAAUGUGACUGCUUGUUUCCGACUUGCUAUGUGCCCUUAUUCUUUACGACACACACAUUAAUAUUGCUGUGCUAUUUUGUGAUGUGACUGGGCACCGAGGAAGAUUUCGUUGAGCUUUUUUUUCAGAUUCUGUAGAGUGAAUUCAUGUAAAAUUCUUGAAAAAUGUGUUUUGAUUAGUUUUUUCUCUUGUCACACAUAUAAUUGAUAAAAUAACUAAUAACAAUCUCUCUGGUCAGGGAGGAGCCUGACCUUUUGUAAGCGAAUGACUAACUGGACAAUGUUUAACCAAAAGGCAAAAUCAGUUUAAACCUUAGUGCGUCCCCUUAAAACAAACACACACAUACAGACACACACACACAUACACACACACACACACACACACACACACACACACACACACACACACACACACACAUAAACUAUCUGAUAACAGCCUUUGAGACUCAGCUGUCCCGAGCUGACUCUUUCUUUAAGGGCUAACAGGUGAGGAGGAGAAUGAAAAAGGAAGUUGUGACCAAUUUUGACAGACUGUACCGAGAACAGACGAUGGCCCAGAGGCAAAGCCUAGUGACGUAGGAGAAACCUGCAUGUGAUGCUUGACAUAUUCAGCACUUGUCAGACUUCUGUGCUGUAUGGAAGGGGCCAGCAGAAUACCUGUGUAGGGCACAUCAUGUAAAUGUGCAAAACACCAUUAUUUUAUUUGUUAAAAAUCUUUUGUUUUGCUUUGACUGUUUUUUUUUUCAACAAGAAAAAUGUGUCAGUCAUGUUAAAAUUGUGAUUACUUUUUUUCUAUUCCUUUUUCCUCCUUUCCUAAUCUUUUUAACUCUUCAUGACUUUUGUUUUGUGUCAUAAAUUGCAUCAGGCAAACAACCACUGUAAAGAUGAAGCAACUUCUCCACGCUGGUCCUUUGGCCCAAAGUACUGUAACUCUGCUGAACAGACACCAGAGGGCACCGCAGGGAUUCUCUAGACUCGACAAGUCUUCAGUGCAUCUCGGUGUCCUCUGGAUUCAAACCCACACAUGUCCCACCCGGAGGGACAUUUAUUUUGUCUUCUUUUCUACAGCGAUUGACUUGUUGUGAAAGUUGCAUCCUUCCAUCUGUUUACUGUCAGUCUGUAUCCUCCACGCUCUUACUGACCAGGUGCCAGCGUUCUGCCUCUGUGUCAAUGGAAAGUUGUGAAUACUUCUAUAAGAGGGCAAGUAAUGCUUUGUCUAUUUAUUUUUAGAUGCACACAAAGCAAAUUGUACAUAUAUUUAUUCUAUAUAUAAGGUUGUUUAUUUUGUCAUUUCAUUUUGGCUCUGAUUCUUUGUCACCAUGUUGUCAUUUUUCUCUUCUCUCUGAUGUUUAUUUUUUUUUUUCUUGCAAAAAGGCCAGUAGAGCUUCUUGGUGCUCGCCACCAGUGAAUGAAUAGCACAGUGCCUUAUACAGUACCGCUCUUUACACACCUCACACAUUUGCACACACACCCUGCCACCUACAGGGAAUUCUUAAUAAGAUAUAGAAUGGUCUUAACCUAUCAGAGCCAAGCUCAACUCAGAGUAACCAAUCAGGAGCUAGGUUAGCCACAGAGUAGCGUCUGUUUUUAAUUACCUUUGAUUAAUAAAAGAUGUACAGUAAGUGGAUUAUGAUGUAAUGUAAUAAUGACUUUAUAUGAUGAUGAUGAUGAUGAUGAUGAGCAGUGGAGAGGAGGGCUGGGAGAAUCAGUUACAAGAUUUUGUUCACCGAAUCUGAAAAAAUGAGGACUUGAAGGCUGAAAACCCCUCAGUAGUCUGGUUUUACAGGGCACCUGGAGUCAAGUUAAGCAGCAGCAGGAGUUAGACGUGAACCCACAGACCCACCAGAAACCCCCCAAACAACAAGUGUGACCUGAUGUGUCCUCCUGUAUAUGAAAUACCUGCCGACUGCCUUGGGAACCUCAGUGCUUCAAACCCUCAAGGCCUUGAGCUCACAGGGAACCCCGCUGAUCUGCUGCCAUCCCCAUCAAGAUGGAGCCUUUGAUUCAGACUCUAACUUCUACCUGUCCAGGUCAGCUCUGCUGCCUCUGACAAACUGAUUUAAAAAUAACGUCACUGUUGCCUUCUCUGUGUGUUCUUCUUGUAAAAGCCCUCCCUUUGAGAGGCUGGAGGAAGGCUCUCUCCCUGCACGACUUUGUAAAUUGCUGGAAAUAAAGGACUAUAUUAUUUC